UCUAAUUACUUGGAAAAAUCACCUAAUUUUCUAUCCUUUUCAGAAUUUUUGGAGGAUGAAUACAGACAAAUGGACCUCUAAUUAAGUAGCUGAAAAUUUAUAUUGCUGAUUAGGUUUUUCCAGUUUGAAACCUACCUGUUUCUGAAUUUCCUCUUGGAGACCUGCCAAGCAGUGAAGACCAACUGAAAGACCAUGAGAAGAGGCAAGGAUAGACAGGGGAGUGACAUGCAAGAGGUUGAUGAUAGAGCGGCUCUUAUGAAAGAAGAUAUGGAUGUCCCAACAGACAGAAAAGGGCUGGAUUCCGAACCUGAUAAAAACCAUGCAGGAUGCACUAACCUUGGUCGGGAUCGGAACAGUAUCGCGUUGCUUCUGCUUCUCUACAUCCUUCAGGGGAUACCCCUUGGCCUUGCCGGAAGCAUCCCUCUCCUCCUGCAAAGCCGUAGCAUCAGCUACAAGCAACAAGCUAUCUUCAGCUUUGUGUACUGGCCAUUUAGCGUAAAGCUCCUCUGGGCACCUAUCGUUGAUUCUGUGUUCUUUUCACGGAUCGGUCGUCGCAAGUCGUGGCUGAUCCCAUGUCAGUACUUGAUUGGCCUUUUCAUGAUGAUACUAUCAGGCCAAGUUACAAGUCUCCUGGGUGAUGAUGGAGCAGAUCCUAAUGUCCUCUUGCUGACCGUUCUCUUCUUUAUGCUGAACUUCCUGGCAGCCACGCAGGAUAUCGCUGUGGACGGUUGGGCCCUUACUAUGUUGUCUCCGAGUAAUGUUGGAUAUGCGUCAACAUGCAAUUCCGUUGGUCAGACAGCUGGUUACUUCAUUGGGAAUGUGAUCUUCAUUGCUCUGGAGUCCGCUCAUUUUUGCAAUACUUACUUACGCUGGGAGCCUCAGGAGCAGGGAAUAGUCACUUUACAAGAUUUUUUAUUUUUCUGGGGGAUCGUUUUCUUCAUAACAACAACCAUCAUCGGCAUAUUAAAGCAUGAGAAGGAUAGCCAUGGAGAUCAUGAGAUGGAUGUCAUCACUGCAUAUAAACAGUUCUAUCAAAUUUUGCAGCUUCCAGUUGUCAAAAACUUUCUUAUGAUUGUCAUCACUUCUAAGAUGGGUUAUGCAGCUGCUGAUGCCAUCACGGGUCUCAAACUGAUAGAAGCCGGAGUACCGAGGGAGGACAUGGCUCUCCUCGCUGUCCCACUCGUCCCCCUCCAGAUAAUCUUGCCUUGGAUUAUUAGCAAGUAUACAGCCGGAACAAGGCCGUUGAAUAUCUACCUCAAAGCCAUGCCAUGGAGGUUGAUUAUGGGCCUUGAAUUUGCCUUUGUAGUCUGGGUAACUCCAUCGUUUAAACUUGCUGAUGGAUCUUUCCCUGUCUCUUAUUUUUUGUUGCUUCUCAUCAGCUAUGCAGUUCAUCAGGUGGCCCUUUACAGCAUGUUUGUAUCUACCAUGGCAUUCAAUGCCCGUGUCUCUGAUCCUUUGAUGGGAGGUACUUACAUGACCCUGCUCAACACCGUCUCCAACCUCGGGGGCAACUGGCCCGUCACGGUAGCCCUAUGGCUAGUGGACAGCCUCAGCUGGAAGUCAUGCCAUGGGGGCACAGAGGAAGGGUUGGACUGCGACACGAAAGCAGAAGCAGAGGUAUGCACAAAAGCUGAUGGCAAAUGCGUCACCGAUAUCGACGGCUACUACAUAGAAUCCAUCCUCUGCGUGAUAAUCGGGUUUGCAUGGUUGAGAAUCUGCGCACAAAGGAUACGCAGGCUGCAAGAGCUACCUCUUGAUUCUUGGAGAUUACCAACUAAAGGAUCAUCAAGGUCACCUCAGAAAGGCUCAUCAAUAGAUUGACUAUCACAGGCUCAUCAGGUAUGAGCCACAUCUUAAGAACUGUUUUAUUGUAGUGUUUUGUUCCUCAAGGCCGGUCUUUGCCUCAAGAACAAUAGGUAGCCUUUGGCUUUGUCCUUGGCCCCGACUUCUUGGCCUUGCUCUUAGAGGUCUAGUCCUUUGACUUUACCACAGAGGUCUGUAUACCUUGGUC